AUGCCACUACGGCGACUCGAGCUAUCCAACUUCAAGUCAUAUCGCGGUGCCCAGGUGAUCGACUUUGGAGAUGACCCGUUCACCUGCAUCAUCGGCCCGAAUGGCAGCGGCAAGUCCAACCUGAUGGACGCGAUCAGUUUCGUCCUGGGCAUCAAGUCGGCCCAGCUCCGUUCCACCAAGCUCGCCGACCUCGUGUAUCGUGGUCGUAAAGCUGCCGAGGGCGCGCAGGAACUCGGUCUGGACGUCGAGAUUCCCGAGACCCAGACGCAGUCGCAGCUCGGCCCGAAUGACGCGCGCAAUGCGAGCGUCGCCAUCGUGUUCGAGGACGACAGCGGAAAGGAGUGGAACUUUAAACGCACCAUGUCCGCCGCCGGAAACACGGCGAGCGUGUACUCGCUCAACGGCAAGACGGUCACAUGGACCGACUACAACAAGCAGCUGGAGAAGUUCAACAUUCUCGUCAAGGCCAAGAACUUUCUCGUGUUUCAGGGCGACGUUGAGAACGUCGCGAGCCAGGACUCGAAGAAGCUGUCCGAGCUCAUCGACCGCAUUUCGGGCUCGGCAGACUACGCUGAUGCGUACGAGGACGCCAAGCUCCAGCAGGAGAAGGCGAGCGAGGCAGCCAACGCCAAUCACGCCAAGAAACGCAGCAUGCUCACCGAGGCCAAGCACUUUAAGGAGCAGACGGCCGAGGUCAAGCAGUGGGAGAAGCUCAUGAGCUCUAAGGACGCUAUGAUCCAGCGCCACCUUCUCUGGCGGCUGUACCACAUCACGAACGAGAUCAACAAAUCGACGCGCCAGGUCGAGGAGGCGUCAGAUCAGCUGACUGAGCUGCGCGGCGCUGUCGAAGAGAAGAGCAACGCCCUCAAGGAAGUGCGUAAGGAGUACGCGAACGCGCAGCUCAAGGUUAAGUCGCGCGAGGGAUCGGUCAAAAAGGCUGUCAAGGCGCUCGACGACAAAAAACCUGAGCUCGUCAAGCUUGAGACGGAGAUCGAGCACUCGGAGAGGAAGGCCAAGUCGACCAUUACGCUCGUCGAGCGUGUCAAGAAGGACCAGAAGCGACAGGCGGAUAGCGUUGCGGUACUCAAGGCUGGCGGAGCCGAGAUCCAGAAGAAAAUGGACGAAGCGAGGGAAAAGCAGCGCGAACAGAGCCAGGCUGCUGGACGCGCGCUCACGGACGCCGACCUCGCCGAGUACCGCCGCCUGCGCGCUGAAGCUAAUAUUCUCGCCGUGGCCGAGCGGCAGCAACUGGAGGCUCUGCGCCGCGAGCAGAGGAGCUCAGUGUCUGCCCUCUCGUCGGUGGACGACCAGCUCCAGCAGGCCGAGCGGAAGCGCUCGCGCUUGAACACUGACGUCGAGGCGCUUGCUGAACGUGAGGAGACGAUGGCCGAGAAGGUUGCCGAAAUGGAAGGCGAGGCGAAACGCAUCAAGUCCCAGCUCGACCAGGCACAGGCCGAGCGUAACAGCAUUUCGAUGCGUGAGACCGAGCUCAACGAUCGCCUACAGGAGACGCUGCGCAAACUUGUCGAGGCAGGCGCGGACAAGCGCGAGUCGGACAAGGAGAUCCGGCUCAAGGAGAACAUUGCGACACUCCGCCGCCUUUUCCCUGGCAUCCAUGGCCGCGUUGUCGACCUUUGCAAGCCGACGGCGAACAAGUACGAGGUGGCUGUGCGCACGGUACUCGGCCGCAGCCUUGACCAGGUCGUGGUCGAGACGGAGAAGGUUGCGAUUGACUGCAUCUCGUACCUGAAGCAGCAACGUAAGGGAGUGAUGACGUUCGUCCCAAUCGACACUGUGCAGGUCAAGCCCAUUCCGGACAAGUUCCGCAAUGUCGCCCGCGGCGCGCGCUUGGCGAUCGACUGCAUCGAAUUCGAGCCGAGCGUCGAGCGUGCGAUGCAGUACGCCUGCGGCUCGGCGAUCAUCUGCGACUCGCAGGAGGUCGCCAAGUAUGUUUGCUACGAGAAGCGCAUGGAAGUCAAGGCGGUGACGCUCGACGGCACAGUCUUCCACAAGGCUGGGUUGAUCACUGGCGGUCGUGGUCAGGACAAGGGGCGCAAAUUCAACGACAAGGAUGUGAGCUCGCUCAUGCAGCUGCGGGAGAAACAGAUCAAGCAGCUGCAGGAGUUGUCCCAGUCCAAACCGAAGGAGAAGGACGACGAGGGCAAGUACCAGAUCCUGUCGCGUCUGCAGGCCGAGCUGGGUACGGCGAACGACGACCUCGCGGCCACCCGUCUCCGACUCGAAGGUCUGCGUAAGGAGCUUGCCGCUGUCGAGAAGGACCUCGGCAAGAUGAAGCCAGAGCGCGAGAAGCGCGCCAAGGCGCUCCGCGAAGCCGAGGACAAGCUUCAAGGCCUCGCGAAGACGGUCGAGGAGGCGGACGACAGCGUCUUCGCUGCAUUCUGCCAGCGCAUCAACGUCGACAACAUCCGCGAAUACGAGGAUGUCCAGUUGAAGGUCGCACGCGAGGAGAACGAGGCCCUCGAGGGGUUCAAGAUCAAGGCGGCGCGGAAUCUGCACGCGGUUGAGUUCGAGGAGCAGCAGCUCAAGGCGACCGAAGACCGGCUUGCGUCACUGCAAGCCACUCUCGACCGUGAGAAGCGCAACAGCACGGCGCGGAACCAGCGUAAGCAGCAGGUCGAGGAGGAGAUCGAAGCGCUCCAGGCCGAGAUCGAACGGCAAGAGGGCAAGCUGAAGAAGGCCAAGGAGGCGGCUGAGAGCGUCGGGGAGGACGUCGAGAAUGCUCGCAACGCUGUCAAGCGCGCCCAACGCGGCCUUGACAACGCGCUGAAGGAGAUCGCCUCAUGGAACGACGAGAUCGAGCGGUCCGCGUCCGAUCGCCACGCCAUCUACCGCCGCUGCCGACUCGACGACAUCGAUCUGCCUCUCAACGCUGGCGACCUGCAAAAUGUCCCCAUCGAGGACAAUACCGCCGAGAUGGCGAUGGAUGUGGACGGCAGCUCGUUGCAACCCGCUCGGACAGAUGACUAUGGCAUCGAGCCGGACUUUGAUGCGCUCACGGACGAGGACCGGGAGAACGACUCGCCAGAAUACGGCGCUGAGUUCGACACGCAGAUCACCAAGAUGAAGGCCGAGUUAGAGCGCGUGGUGCCGAACAUGAAGGCGGUCGACCGGUUGAAGGACGUGCAGAACGAGCUCGACCUGGCUGAGGAUGAGGCGGACGAGGCCCGGAAAGCGAGUAAAGACGCACGUGACAGGUUCCUGGGCCUCAAGAAAAAGCGCUGCGAGCUGUUCAAUAAGGCGUACCAGCACAUGUCGGGGUGCAUCGACCGUAUCUACAAGGAUCUCACGAAGCAGGCGAACGGCCAGGGCGGUGGCAUGGCGUUCCUUUCUCUCGAGGACAGCGAAGAGCCAUACCUCGCUGGCGUCAAGUACAACACCAUGCCGCCAGGGAAGCGUUUCGUCGAGAUCGAGCAGCUGAGUGGUGGUGAGAAGACGAUGGCGGCCCUUGCGCUGCUCUUUUCGAUUCACAGCUUCCACCCUGCGCCUUUCUUCGUUCUCGACGAGGUCGACGCCGCACUAGACCCUACCAAUGUCUCCAAACUGGCACGGUAUGUUCGGCAGCAGGCCGAGAAAAGUGUCCAGUUCCUUAUCAUCUCGCUCAAGUCUACCCUGUACGAGCAUGCCGAUGGGCUGGUGGGCGUCUACCGCGAGCAGGUGGAGAAUUCGUCGCGGACAUUGACGCUGUCUCUGCGCGAGUACGAGUGA